AUGCUGGGGAAGUCAAACGUAAUAGAUGGCAGAGGUGUCCACGGAAAGGCGUAUCGCAGUUUCAAUAAGGUACUUCUUGCCAGCGUUUAUACGGAAUCCCUCCUUUCGCAUGAUCUCUCCCAUUCUACUGGCAGUUACGUUGCCACAGCUGCCCUUGUCGCGCGAAAUCCGCGGGAAGCUCCACGCCAGGCUGAGUACGAAAUAGAAGAAGACGAGGAACGUGUGGUCCUCGGCACGGUCAAGGUUAUGGAGUCUACCUUAGAUGGCGAAUGGAACAAAGCUAUAUGCAAACCGAAUAGUCAACACAAUGCCUUUGCCUUUGCCAAGCAAAAGCAACUUGCCAAUGGAGAGAAGCGUAGUGAUCUUGAAUAUCUACGAGGAGAUACAAAGAAGCAUUCCCUUGCCGUGGCCAUACGGAACUGA